AUGUUUGUUUCAUUCGUACGCUCUCUAUCACGUCGAGGAACUCAUGUUCCAGUUUUUCGUUUUAGCACAUACAGUGCCUUACGCAAUAGCGAAUAUAAAUCAGAUGCUCCUAAUUAUGAAAAUAUUUUAACAGAAAGUCAUGAUAAAGUUGGAUUAAUCACACUAAAUCGUCCAAAAGCUUUAAAUGCAUUAUCCAGUGAUUUAUUUCAUGAAGUUAAUGAUGCUCUGAAAAAGUUUGAUAAUGAUUCGAGUAUUGGAGCUAUUGUCAUUACCGGAAAUGAACCUGGAGCCGACAUCAAAGAAAUGUCUGAUCAAACGUUUUCUAAAUCUUAUGUAACAAAUUUCCUUGGUCAUUGGGGGGAGAUUAAUAAUGUCAAAAAGCCUGUCAUUGCUGCUGUCAAUGGAUUCGCGUUGGGAGGUGGGUGCGAAUUAGCUAUGAGUUGUGAUGUAAUAUAUGCAGGAGAAACCGCCAAAUUUGGUCAACCUGAGAUUAAACUUGGUCUAAUUCCUGGCGCUGGAGGUACACAGAGACUAACAAGAGUAGUUGGAAAAUCUAAGGCAAUGGAAAUUGUAUUAUCUGGUCGAACUUUUACAGCCCAAGAAGCUGAACAAUGGGGGCUUGUAAGUAAAGUAUUUCCAGUGGGAGAAUUACUUGAAAAAACUAUUGAACUUGGACAAGAGUUUGCUGGAUUUUCUCAGCCAGUCAUUCAAGCUGCUAAAGAGUCCGUCAAUUCUGCAUAUGAGUUAUCGUUAAGAGAAGGGUGUCGUUUCGAAAGAAGAAUAUUCCAGGCUCUAUUUUCUUUGAGUGAUAGUAAGGAAGGAAGAGUUGCCUUUGAACAAAAACGCGAGCCAAAAUGGACAAAUAAUUAA